CGUACGAGACUGCGUGAGACUCACACACUUGCACUGCUGCACACCUGCACUGUAUAUCCAUCCAUGGCCGCUUCACCGCCGCUCCGUCACGUGGCCAUGCUCCCCUUCAUGGCCAAAGGCCACGCCAUGCCGCUGCUCCACCUGGCGCGCCUCCUCCUCGGCCGCCGCCUCGCCUCCGCCGUCACCUUCUUCACCACCCCGCGCAACGCGCCCUUCAUCCGCGCGGGGCUCGCCGGCGCCGGCGCCGGCGCCGCGGUCGUCGAGCUUCCGUUCCCCUCCGGGGACGCCCCGCAGUGCACGGACGAGCUCCCGUCCACGACGCAUCUCGUGGACUUCGUUUCCGCGAUGGCGGCGCUCGGGCUGGCGUUCGCGGACGCGCUCGCCGCGGUCGAGCCCAGGCCGGACCUGCUCGUCCACGACGGGUUCAUCGUGUGGGCCAAGGACAUCGCCGACGAGCUCGGCAUGCCGCGGCUCGUCACCCUCGGCAUCGGCGGCUUCGCCUCGUACGUCUGCGGGGCGGUCAUGACGCACAAGCCGCAGGCGCUCAUGAGCUCGCCAACCGAGCCGUUCCCGGUCCCCGGCCUGCCGGACCUCCGCAUCACCAUGGCCGACCUCGGCCCGCCCUUCGACGUCCCGGAACCGGCCGGCCCGCACUGGGAUUUCGUGUGCGAGAGCUGCAGCAGCAUGUACUCCAGCAGGGGCAUCAUCGCCAACUCCUUCAGCGAGCUGGAGUCGGUCUACAUCGACCUGUGGAACCGAGACUUCGACAUCAAGAUGUGGCCGAUCGGACCGCUCUGUCUCGCGGCUCCCGAACCGGCAGUCCAGACCAAAGACGACCGUGACAUCUCGGACUGGCUGGACUCGAGGCUCGCCAUGGACCGCCCGGUCCUCUACGUCGCGUUCGGCUCGCAGGCCGAGCUGAGCCGGGCUCAGCUGGAAGAGAUCGCCGUCGGCUUGGACCACUGCGGCGUAGACUUCCUAUGGGUGGUCCGGUCGAAGUGGUUCGACACGGAGGAUCGGUUCAAUGACAGGUUCGGGGACAGGGGCAAGGUGGUGGAAGGUUUCAUCAACCAGCUCGGAGUGCUAGGUCACAAGUCAGUCAAAGGUUUCUUCACCCACUGCGGGUGGAACUCGGUGCUGGAGAGCAUCACCAUGGGCGUGCCAAUACUGGCGUUCCCAUUGGCAGCCGAGCAGAAGCUCAACGCCAAGUUCGUCGUGGACGUGGUCCACAUGGGGCUCCGAGUUUGGCCCAAAGAAGAUGCUGACAAGGAAGGCAGUGGAUUGGUUGUGAGUGGAGACGUGCAGGUAUUGGCGAGGGAGUUGAUCUUGGGAGAGGAAGGGCGACGUGCCGCGGCUAGAGCAAGUGAGCUAUCUGUGUCUUCUAGAAAGGCCAUGGAAGUGGGUGGUUCCUCGUAUGAAAACCUGGCAAAGAUGGUUCACGAGGUCUGUGAGACCAAUGCCAAUGGUGGUUAAAUAUAAUCAUUGCCAAUUGCUGUUUCGUAUGCGUGCUUGGCAUUAUUGGUGCUCCGGUGGCUUAGUCAAGAUUAUGGUCGAUCAUGUUUAGGAUGUUUGGAGCCAUGUGUACUGUCUUACUCUUUACCGCUUCACUAUUUUAAAAGUAAGUUGAUGAUUGUCAGUCGUUU